GCAUAUGAACUAUCCGUCCUCACAGGCACACAAGUGCUGCUGCUUGUUGUCUCCGAGACUGGUCUUGUCUACACAUUCACAACGCCCAAACUCCAGCCGCUCGUGACCAAGCCAGAAGGCAAGAACCUCAUUCAGGCCUGCUUGAACGCGCCCGAACCCGCCGAUAGCAACGGUGUGGAUGGCGAUGGCUCUGCAGUCGACUCACCAGAAGAGCAACAAGCCGCGCCGCCGCCCAUGCCACAAAGCAUGCCACAGCAGGGCAUGCCGCGAAAUCAGCCCCAACAGCCGUACAUGACCGCCGACCAGCAACAAGCACUUCAAUAUCAAGCCUAUCUGCAGCAGCAACAGGCCGCGCAACAAGGCGCGUAUCCAAUGCCGCCGCAGCAACAGAUGCACUCGCGGGGUUAGGAAGCUCGCGAUGAGAUGCCACAAUACGACGGUCAUACCGUUGACACCAAAGCGCAGCUCGUCGAAUAAACAUGCAUGCUAAGGACACAACGGCAGAUGAUCAUGACACACAAGACCACGGAAAGGACAGUUACGCAAAGCGACUGGGACAAGUGACUGACUAUGGACGGUCAUCAGCGGCAUUCGUCAACUUCAGGAAGGGAUGCGUGGACGGCGAUCUUGGCGUUGCGAGGCGUCGAAGAUCAGCUGUGUACUCUGGCGGCGAUUACCUCUUUUACGGUGCUCAUGGUUAUGACUCGGGUUUUUUGAUGCGAGACUUCUGAAGGUCUUUUAGCUGCUGCUUUUGCUGUGCUGAGUACCACGUACAAAAGCCAUCACUAGUAAUACGGAGAGGCUUGAUGAUCCGAUGACAUUCUCCUCUUCCCCCAGGGCGCGGAAGCCUCUUGGUCUGUACGGCUGCGACAGAUAGCUUCGUCCAUGUGACAUGUAUUAUUAUACAUCUAAGUCUGAAGUAUUUCUCCAAG